UCACGUGACUGAUAUUCCAUCCUCGCCAUUUUGCAAUGUGGGAGAGAGUGAGUCCACUUUUUUAUGGCUAACGGAUAAAACACAGCAGUUUUAUGCGUUGAGGACAAAGAGCGUCGAGCCUUUCCUCGUCAGUCAUGGAGGAGGCCAGAAACGUAGCUGUGCUCAUCACACACUCCUCCACUGCCUCUUCUUCCUCUUCCACUUCUUCAGCACGGGGAUCCCACACUCAAUCCAAAACCCAGCAAACCAUUGAGCGGGACGCCUCCCAGCGUUUUCAGCAGAAACGAGCGGAUGAUUCCCUCAUCCAGGUCAUCGAGAAGCUCAGCAAGAUCGUGGAGAAGCGGCCACAGCGCCGCUGUGUCUUGGGAGGACAAAAAAGAAGACUCCAACUGACCCCGUCUGCAGGGGGAAAGGGAGAUGAGGAGGAGAUGAGGAGAAGCCGUGACGCCUCUCCCUAUAAGAAAAUUAAGAGAAACUUUAAGGAGGAGGUGGAAUUAGACGGCAGCUCUCUGUCUUCACCUUUGUCAGGUGAUAGUAACGGCAAUAUCUCCUCAAUGGUAACAGAGGUAGUUGGUAACCCCAACAGCAGCGACCACAAGAGGACAGUGACAUGCUAUCAGUGCAGCCUGUGCCCCUAUCUGUCCCAAACACUGCCUCUGCUGAAAGAACACCUGAAACAGCACAAUGAGCAGCAUAGUGACCUCAUCCUCAUGUGCUCCGAGUGUCAUUUUACCUCCAGAGACCAGGGGCAGCUGGAGGCACAUGUCAGACUGCACUUUGACAACGGAGGCAAUCUGAAGAGGAAUGCUACUCAUUUAGAUACUUACAGAGAGGAAAAGGCAGAGGUUUUUAGAAAGCAGGGUGAGGACUGGACAGAGGAUCCGUGUAGUAUCGGAACUGAUGUGAUCAAAGGCUCAGUGGAUGGUUCAAAGGAGCUACCACAGAAGAAGAAAUGGUAUAGCUAUGAGGAGUAUGGUUUGUACCGGUGCCUGAUUUGCAGCUAUGUGUGCAGCCAGCAGCGAAUGCUCAAGACCCAUGCCUGGAAGCACGCUGGCCUUGUCGACUGCUCUUAUCCCAUUUUCGAGGAUGAAGAUGGAGGUUCAACAAGAAAAGAGGUACAAGCUGCUGGGAACAAUGCCCAAACCAGAGAGGAAUUAGUUGUUUUCUCCCCAGUUCUUCAAGAUAAAAGCCUUCAAAAGCUCCCCACUGCCUUCAAGCUGCAGCUCUGCAUGCCUGUGGCUGUUGACAGCAAACAGGAUACAUUAAAUCUCCCAGGUUGUGAUCCCAAUGGAAGCCUAAAAACAAUAGAGAAAGAGGAGGAGAAUGUAUUCCCUGUCAAAGACCUGACAUCUGAGGAACCCAUGGUAGAGGUACAGGUGACAACAGAGACUGAAGAGGAGAUAGAUGGUCACCAUGACAGCAGCUCUGUCACAGACAGCUUACUGUCAUCAGCUCAGAAGAUUAUCAACAGCAGUCCCAACAGUGCCGGCCAUAUUAAUGUGAUUGUAGAACGCCUUCCUUCAGCUGAGGAUUCUGUUAUGGCCACAAACCCACUUCUUCUCAGCCCAGAUGUGGACAGGGACGAGAGCUUACUGGAGCCAAAGAAGAAAGAGCAGGACCACAUGGAAGAUGCAAAGGAGGAAGCUGUCCUUAGCUGCAGUCCAGGUAACACUAAUGACAGCCAGCCAUCAGGAGCUGAUGUCAAAUCUUCUGUCGCUAAAACUAGCGACUCUGCAAGGGAUGAAAACAUUCCCCCAGCUGGUCGUAAGCGGACACAUUCAGAGUCUCUCCGCCUGCACUCACUGGCUGCUGAGGCCCUCGUGGCUAUGCCUAUGAGGACGCCCGAGCUGCCCACAUCCAGCGCCAAGAUAAGUCUGAAAACCAUUGCAGCACAGGCACAGAGCCCACACUUGGGCCAGAAACUUUUUGAGGUGACAACAGCUGCUCAGAAGGCCUCUGAGGGAGGGACAGCAGCAGCUCUGUUGGACUUGGAGCUUCAUAGCGAGGACAGAGAGGAGGAUUUGGAGCCCCUGUGCUUUGGGGAGGUAGAUGAGGAGGGCCCAGCCACUAAAGCUGGCAUCAGCCUUUCACUGCUUACUGUUAUUGAAAGACUGAGAGAGCGCUCAGACCAGAACGCCUCAGAUGAAGACAUCUUGAAAGAGCUUCAAGAUAAUGCACAGUUCCAAAAUGGAGCUGUAGCGGGAGUGGUCACUGGAAAUGGAGCAGGGAGUUACAUGUGUAGCAUUCCAGGAGUGGAUGGGUUGGUUGGCUCUCCUGAUGGCGGUCUUGUGGAUUACAUCCCCGGCAGUGAGAGGCCCUACCGUUGCCGUCUGUGUCGCUACAGUAGUGGCAAUAAGGGCUACAUUAAACAGCACCUGCGGGUGCACAGGCAGAGGAAGCCUUAUCAGUGUCCCAUCUGUGAGCACAUUGCCUCAGACAGCAAGGACCUGGAAAACCACAUGAUCCACCACUGCAAAACCAGGAUGUACCAGUGCAAACAGUGUCCAGAUGCCUUCCACUACAAGAGUCAAUUAAGAAAUCAUGAAAGAGAGCACCAUAGCUUUGGCAGUGACAUAGCAGCACUCACGCCACUCAGUGAAACUGUGGCCACAACGGAAGAAGCUGAACGGGUAACGGAUGAAGAAUGUGGUAUGCAGAAAAUGUACAAGUGCGAUGUGUGUAAUUACACUAGCGCGACAUAUGUUGGGGUGAGGAACCACCGGCGGAUUCACAACUCUGACAAGCCCUAUCGGUGCUGCAGCUGUGAUUUUGCCACCACCAACAUGAACAGUUUAAAGAGCCACAUGAGGAGGCACCCUCAGGAGCACCAGGCUGUGCAGCUGCUGGAGCAGUACAGGUGCUCUCUGUGUGGCUAUGUGUGCAGUCAUCCCCCGUCGCUCAAAUCCCACAUGUGGAAGCAUGCCGGAGACCAGAACUACAACUAUGAGCAAGUUAACAAAGCCAUUAAUGAGGCCAUAUCCCAGAGCAGCCGAGCCCCUCAGAAGUUGUCUGCGGUGCUGGAGUCGGUGUCAGAGCGCCCGAUGGUGACCCCACGUUCAAAGGACAAAGCAAAGGGCCCAACUGAAGCGCUGCAAGCACCCGUAUCAGCAUCAAAGGCUGGUCUCUCUGUUGAUAGCUCAGCAGGCCUCUCUACACCUCCCACAGACCCUUCACAGUGGUCCAGUGAAUCCCUGAGCCCCCAGGGGAAGGAACCUGCACAGCUCCAGUCCCAGAGCCAGCCACGCACGGGCCAGUUCCACGUCACAGGCCCUGGCAUGGAAUAUUGCGUGCUCUUGUUCUGCUGCUGCAUCUGUGGCUUUGAGUCCACGAGUAAAGAGCGACUGAUGGAGCACAUGAAGGAGCACGAGGGCGACAUCAUCAGCAUCAUACUCAAUAAGGAACAACAGCAGCAGCAGCAGCAACCAGAAGCGCAACCCGGCCUCCAAACUGCAGAGUGAGACAUGCCCCUCCCUCUCCUCAUAUUAUCACCCACCCUGUGCUUUUACAGUGCUGUCCACAGAAGUAUUUCAUUAAGUUUCCUUACCUCUAGGAGGUUGUAGAGGAUAUUGAGGCGUAACAGUUUCACAUCUACUGUACUAUAGUCGUUAAUUGUCAUUUUUUAAAAGGUUCUCUGGUUAAGGUUGGUCAUGGCAUCAGGACGGUGAGGCUGCAGGAGCUACUAUCCAAUGCAGACACCCUGAAAAGGUUUCAGGACAAGUGAUUCAAGGAUUUUCUGAGUGGUAUGUCAUUUGAAGCAAAUGUUUAAAACAUGGAACAACAUGAUAAUAAGCCAUUAAUAUUUGUGUCAAGCAAUUUCACGUGAAGAAGACAUAAAAUGUGUCUAUGGGGAAGUGAUUUUGAUUUCAAGGGAAAGGCCAGACCUCUGACCCAUGUUAGACAUUUCACUAUACAGGGAGAAGUUCAUACCUCAGAAAACCACACAAUCCCUCACCAGAAAUGGAAAAAGAUUCACAUAUUUUCCAGUCUAAUUCAUAUAUUAUUGAGUACAAGGCAGCUCUUUUAUUGCUACUGUAAUAUUUAAUGUAUUUAAUCACACACAGUCAAGGCUCUAGCCUAGUAAAGGAGGUACAUGUGCAAAUUCAGCAAUGCCUAAAGGCGUUUUUCACUGCUCGAAUAUCAUUUAAUAUUUAUCCAUUUAUUUUUAUGCAUGUUGGUUUCCGUUAUGCCAAUUUAAAGAGGAAUAUCUUCAAUAUUUUUUCCUUUUUUUUGGUUUUUGUUCGGGGGGUUUUGUUUGUUUGUGGGACUUGUAAUUGUACUUGCUUAAUCAUUUAAAAAUUAGGUUCUUUCGAAGAGAAGGAUUUAGAUGUCAGAGGAGGACAAGCUGAGUAGAACAAAGCAGAAAUGGGCCUGUGAGGAUUGUUGUCUGCUGGUGAUUUAAUGAAUGUUGACAGAAGGAAAACAGAAAGGGAUGUUAGCAAAGGUAGAGCUCUUAUUUUAAUUGAACAGUGCCUAGGUAUUUGAUAAAAGGAAUAUGUUUUAAUGAAUGAAACGCAAUUAUCACAUGUGAUUGUGGUGCUAGGCUCACUUUCAGAGUUAUUGAAGGUAUAGUGCAUUUCUUUUAUAGCCCAUGCCAAUUUUGUUGUAUAUAAUAACGUUUUUAUAAUAACCUUUCCACUUUUUGUCAGUGUUUUUAAAAUACAAACUUUCUAGUGUCAAGCGCAACUUGAAGUGAUUGCUUUCUCAGCUAACAAAUGCCUCAAAUAGGAAGACCUGGAUGUGAAAAUAAACUUUGUAAGGACACACAUUUUUGAGGUUUUUGUCACAUAGUCCUCCCAUGUCCACUCACCCACAUGUGAUUGACUGAAAACAAAAGUGUUUUAGAAUUACUGCAGACCCGAUAGGAAAACUAGUGGUUGACUGAUAUGAGUUUUUCAAUGGCCAGCACCAAUAUUUAGAUAGCAGGGUGGCUGAUGGGCAACAUAUAAUGCCAAGUCAGUGUCAUAUUGUUGGUAUUGUUUUGUUGUCAUUUUGUAAAAUGCAACUAUUUAAUAAUUAUUACAAAUGCUGACCUUGAAUGAGCAUCUGCUUUUUGUCCAGUAAAUAUAUCUGCAAUCUGAUUUAUUUGAUAUAUUCUUUUUUUGCAGUGUCCCCAGGUCAUCAGAAAACUAAACUCUUUUCCAAAAAAAUAAUAAUGCAUGAUUGAAAAACAAAGUUCUGGUGCUCUUAACAGCUUUAUUCAUCAUCUGGCCUUGUGGUUAGCAAAUUGUAUUCUACUUCAUUUCCAAAGCACUGUGUUGCUGUUCAGGGAUUUAUCUUAGCUCAUCUAACAACACCAAUUCUAUCUGUACAGUAGCUAGUUUUGAAUUAUACAUUUUGUUCAAGGACAUGUUUUGGAAAAUUCCUUUCUAAUUCUAGAUUUACUUUAUCCUUAACAUGCAAUGGCCUGUGUCUCUCCUUCUGCUUCGCCUUCUCUCUCCUGCUCUGUGCGCCACAUUUUUAGGUUUUUCUCUACCUCUUUUAGCAGUGAUAUUUGUAAUACCUGUCACUUGUUCGCAGCAUUGAAGACAAGGCUGGACACAGUAUGGAAAUUGACUCGUUAACUGCGGUAGCUAAUCAUUCCACAGUAGAAGGUGCAAACUGACCCAACAUAGCCCCUGUCAGCUGUCCUCUUGCAGGUCCUUUACCUCUGAGCCAAUUCCCAGCUAAAGAUAUUCAUAUUUUUUCCACUCAAAGACAGGCUUUUAUCUAAUUAUACAGACAGUAAACAUUUCAUGCGUAUGUUGCUACAAGUGGCUAAUGGUAUUUACACUAGAAGUCACAACUUCAGAUAAUGCAGUUAGCAAAUGUAAAAGCUGUAAUUUAUGAUACAAGCUAUGUCCCCUUGUGUGGCAGUCACACUUUUCAUGGUAUGUCAUGUGGUAAUGCUUAAUCACCUAUUGAAAUCUGUUUAACAGUGAUUAUUGAAUUGAAGCUUGAUUUAAAAAAUAAUAAUAUUGCAGGCUUGCCUUUUUUUUGGCGCAGAUAACCUAAGCUGUUUAGUGUCUCCAAAGGUGGCGGUGUAGGCCUCCUUACACAAAGCUAUAUGUUUAACAAUUCCUAGCAGAAGCCAGAAGCAAAAGUAGUGGUUUACCAACAGCCCAAGAACAAUGACUAAGAAACAAUAUUUUGGCAAUCUACAACACCAAAUUGGAGAAAUUCAUUUUUUUUUUUUUCCCCAGGAGUCUUUCAUGUCUGCUAACAAUGGGCUGUCUUUUCUGCUAAAUGGAGGCAAAGACAAAGAAAGAAACAACAUCUUAUCAGUCAUAGGAGUGACAUGUUCACCACAUCAGAACUUAUUUAAAAAAGGAUUCUUCAUGUACAGUGAAUCACAUGAAGUCUUUCUUCAAAAAUGCCAACCACCACCUUGAGUGAGCGUAAAAACUUUUGCACAACUGGGAUGUUUUUUCAAACAUAGCCAUCUCUGAUAACUUCUUUUAAUGUGGAAAAAAAUACAUUGUAGAGAUACUGCUACUACCUGCAGAUUUGUCUAAUUUUGUGAAGUAUGAAAGGCACUCGAUUAUAUCUUGUGGCUAGGGGAAAAUGUAGUUGUGCUGGCUGUAGUUAAGGGGAAAAAACCAAUACUGACCUGGAUGUGAGUCUUUUGUGGUGCCCCCACAACAUGUCUACCUUUUGAACUCAGUAAAUGGAGCAGAACGGGGACGUGUGCUUGUGGUUAGGGUGAUAGAUACAAAGGCCGUUAAUGAUGUGAUGUGCUCUCAGCUGGGCUUGAACUGUACCACAAACAAUCUAGACCCGACUGCUUACUGAGGGAGAAAAGUCAAGCUGCCAGGUCAUUGAGCACCACCCUCCUAGGGAUCCCUCAACUGAACUAAACACUCCAGGUUAGGAGCUGAAUAUGACUAGAAGGAAUCAUCAGUCUGACCCAGGCAGGACCUCCACAGACAUACACCAAACACAAAGUGAAACACAGUCAGACAUGAUAUCUGUGAGAUAUGACCGCACACGUGUGGGAGCUGCAGGGAACUUGGGGGAAAUGUGGGAGUCCAGUCGCUCAGAGGCUUACUUCAACAUUUCACGCUGGUCAGUCAUGACCUGGAUAUCUGGGCCAAAGAGAGAACCUGUGGAUAGCGUCAUGUUAGGAAGAUAUCUCCACUUCAAGCUGGACAAACCCAGCCUGACGUGACUGCCCUAUUUGAGCAGCACAGUGGCUGCUUAAAUAGUCAUCGUGCCUUUGACAUCUGGAGGAGACCUGUGGUCUGGUUCUCCAUCAGCAUCCAUGUUGCUCCAUGGUUUGCUGAGCUUGUGGCCCCAGUGUAGCACUGGUCAAACAUGCCAGACAUCACACUGUCCCCUUGCACAUGAGCAACAGCCACAAGAUGAUAUGUGCAGGUAGAGAAAUGAAAGACCACAACAGAGUUCACGGGAAGAAAGAAGGAAGGUGAAAAAUGGCAACAGACAGUGGUAGCAAUGGACCAUUCUGUAGAACAGUUUACUCCACUGCAAAGAGGACUUUGUCCACUAUGACUUGUCCUUUAUAGGAAAGGAGCAAAACAAAAGGACUAGCAACUGCAUAGACAGGAUCAAGAGUAGCCGUCAUGUCUGGGCUUUUGACAUGUUUGUCAUUGCCGACAAGUAUCAGCAGAUGGCUACAUUUGGUAGACAUGUAUGUGUAGAGCCAAUAGAGUAUCAGUGCAGUAGUUACACCUGUUAAUGAGAAGUGAGUUCAAGGAUCUUUGUUGGAGUACAAAGAGAAGCCCAUUGUGGUUAGAGGGAUAGAUACAUGUACAAAAAUAAAUGUCAAGACACAAUUAGAUUCCUGUACAAUUAAUACAAUCAAUUACAUAAUGAGCUUCAGACAUGUUGGAAAAAGGUCGUAUAUAGCAAAAACCAUGAUAUUUUCCUAAAUCAUACAAUACGAAAAAUUAAAAUUAAGUCUAAAGUGAAUGGUUUGUCAUGGGACAAACUCCAGUCUCCUGGGUGAAAGUCCUGUGUCGAACUUAUGCUGCCACCAGCUCACCAUCCUGUUCAUGUGUGCUUUGGGGCUCUUUAAAAAUGGAAAAGGUUCCUACGAUAUUGUACUGUUACUGUACCUAGAGAAAAUAUGUGUCUUCCAAAACAUAAGUGAGAAUGCAGUUUAGUUGUAUAAGAACUUCUUAGAGAAAGGUCUGCACCAGCCCACACAGAUGCAUGUUGUAUAUCUUAGACUGUCACUGGAGUUCAUGUCAAACAAAGUGUGAUGUUCAAUUUGAGACACAAAGACUGGGGGAAAAAAAAAUCUGCUGAUGGUUUGAUGUUGAUUACUGAGUGUCGGUAACAAUGUCUCAACCCAUCCAAUGGAUCAUCCAGUCCCAUCAUGCAGGACGCCCUAUCAUGUUAAUUCAUCGGUAUGCCCCCACUUUUUUACGCUGACAUAGACCGAGGCUGAGGAAAUUAAGAUAAAAUAGAAUAUACAUAAUUCAUCCCCCACACCCACCGUACAUAACAGCUUGGAUUUGUGCCUAUGCGUGUGUGUGUGUGUAGCGUGGUGGAUGAAGCAAAAUUAAAACUCUAUCUCAAAGACCUGUUACCUGGCCUAGAAUUCCCAUUAUAAUAGUAGAUAAUUGUUGUCAGACUUUUAAUUUACUAUUCUGCGCGGCAGGAUUAAAGAUGACGGUGGCAUAUAAAUUUCAAAAAUAAAAUAAAAGUGGGAAUUUACUGUCCCCGUGUUCGACGACUUUAAAUGAGGAAUGAGAAUUAAAAACCGCACCGACACACACACAACACUAUUCUUUCAGUUAGAUGAAAAGUGGUCAUUAUUUAAGCCCCAAAAACGAAUAAAUGAACACAGCUUUAAAAGAUUGUUCUGGUCUACUCUUGAUUUUAUUUUCAUAUUUUUUGCUACCGUUUCUAUAGGCUAUGAAAAGUUUUCACAUUCUUUUUGUUGCUUUUCAAACAUAAUUUGUUUUACAAAAAUGAUUAUUUCGCUUCAAAGUGACAGGUAACAGGUUUCUACAAAGUAAUGUCAUUUGAUUACAAAUAGAAAAUAAGUGAUUGCAUAAAUAUUGACGACUUUCAAGUUAGUAUUUAGUAGAUGCACCUUUUGCUAUAUUGAGCCAAUGUGGACAGGUCUCAGUCAGCCUUACACUUUUAAACACUGCAGUUUUAUCCAAUUCGUCUUUGCAAAACUGCUCAAGCUGCUCUCACGUUGCACAGAGCUCUUUUCAAGUUAAGUUUCACGAUAUGGGCAUGCUAGUAAGGUAAAGAUAAGUCAAUAAAAACAUCAAAAACUAUUGAUUUUCACUGGAGAUUAUCUUUAAGAUGUCAAACUCAGAUUAAUUUAAACACAGCCCAUAUCUGUAGCUGUGAUGUAAAACAUGCUGCUGCCUUGUUUGCAUGACGCAACACAUUAAUAUCACUGUACGGCUGUUGUGAAUGCAAAAAGUUUAACCUUUAGCCGCUCUUUUCCCAUUAGUGGUGUGAAAUCUAAAAUGUCUCCCCACGUUGCUUCUCAGAUAGCCCGGCAUCAUGACUCUCUGUGCAGCAUUGCAAAGUUCUAUUCAUAUUGCUGAAAAUAAAAUUCCAGCCUACACGCAGUCAGAUUAUCCCCAAGGCUGGGGAAAUGUAUUUGGAUAUAAAUGUGAAGGUAAAAAGUAGCUGUCCACUGAUGGCAUCGAUCACAGAUUACAGCCCCACUCAGUGCAGCUGGCGAUCGUUCAUUCAUGUCAUCGUCAAGGGAUUGAGGAAAUUAUUAAUAUCAUCAGAUUGACCCUUUAAACUUAGUGUGUGUAUAAGUAGAUAUGAUCACAAUUGCUCACAAAAGUAAACAAGAAAAGCACUCAGUACUCUGCCAAGGCUGCUCAGUCGUAUCAUUUCCAAGACUAAAGUCCAGAUGUCCGAUUUUCUGUAAGAUCACAAUCGUGAUCGAAAGCAGGCAGCUGACGUAGUGUUCAAUUGUAGUCAUAGUUACAGUGACGCUGUCUCGCAACGAAACAGAAAUCUUUAACAAAUCCGUGGAUCCAGGCUAUAAGCCGCAUCACUGCCACAAUCUAAUCAAUUGGUGCUUGUGUCAUUUCUGACCUUCCCUGAAUAUUUCAUCCAAUUCCGUUUGGCCAUUUUUGAGUAAUACAACACCCAGACAAAUGUGCGCCGAUCGUCACAUAACUCCGCCGCGUUCCUCGAUGGAGUAAAAAUAUAAAAAGAUAGAGCCUAGGCUUUGAUGAAGUUACUGUACACAGGGUCCUCCUGUACCAUAUAUCCUGUACCUCCAUCAUAUGGAGUUGCGAUUACAAAGUAGCUCACGAUGACACUUUAAGUAGAAUGUGGAAGAAAAUGAUAUUUUUGCAAUGUUGAUUGCUAACAAAUGAAGACAAAAAACUGCUUAAAAUCAAAUUGAUUACAAUAUAAAACCUUAUGUCCGAAUUACUGCAAGGUUGAGAUAACAGCUGAGAAAUUCAUCUUUGGUUGUUCCCCUGGUGGUGAAUACAUGUAGACUAAAGAGGAUAUAGCAAAUAGUGAUGUAUCCCAUUUGGUGUGACAAAUUGCAAAAGUGUGUUAGCACAGGCAGCAGACACUGCGAGUAUGAACCGAAACGUGUGUUAGAGCGUACACGUGCUCUCUGUUCACUACAGUUGCAAUUCCCACAGCCAGCUUCGAAUUACACCACAUUAAUCUAUGCCAUGUUGAUAAUUGUAAGCAAUGACCUCUUUGUGGCAAAGAAAGAAUUGUCUUUUUAUUCCUUCUUUUUUUUUUUUAUUUCUUUUGUGCCUUUUAGUUCGAUGUAUUCCUCACUGUAUAAACUUCAUUUUAAUACCUAAAUGUGCUUGCAUUUGAUCUAUGUUUUGAUUUGGCCACUAAAUUGUCAGUUGGUGACACUGAAGUGGCAGCAAAGCUCUUGUGUCGGCACUGAUCAAGUUAACACGUCAGUAUGUUUUUCAUGCAGGCUUUUUAUUCAGCAAUUUGUAGAGACGCAAACAGCAACAGCCCAUAGAAAAUAGCUCUUUCAUGUAUUACUAGAUAGAGCUUAAAUACUUGGGACUGUAUUUUAAGUGUGUGUGUAUAUACUGCAGAACCUCAAAACUGACUUUUUUUAAAGACAAAAUCUAUAUUUUUAAUUAUCUUGGCAAAAAAAAAGAAUUGAAACAAAAAAAAAGCAUUUAAUUCCAGGCCUGUUCUUAUUCAUGACCCGUCUUUUUAAGAGAACUGAUGGUUGUGAGCUAAAAAACCCCAAAAUGAGCUGCAUGACUUUAAACCAAAGGAGAUGGGGGAGAUUCUGAUUAGUGUGCUUUUGCUCAUAUUCAAUUUUGCAACUGAGGUUUAACAUGGAGUUAUCACCAACAAUGAUGUGACACUUGCUUUGUGUUUAUUUAUUUUUAGCACUUCAUUGGCAGUAUUAUGUCACUUUGCUAUUGUAUUUUUGGUAAUAAAAACUGAGAAAUAAAUGAAUAAGAAAUGAC